GACGCUGAUCGUAUGGCUUUCCCCUCUAUGAAAUUCCAAGGGCUGGCCCUGGGGUUCGCUCAACGUGCCCUUCAACCUCAAGCGUCCAUCCCAGUUGUGUCCUACAUGUAUCAUUUGAGCCAUGCGCUCGUAUAAAACUGCAACCUUUCCAAAGUCAACUCGUACUACCUUUGCGUUUAUCUCUCAUCUCCCACCCCCUCAAAAACGUCACUUCUUCAAUGGGCCGAUUGGGAUCAAGUGGCACAUGCGCAUAUGGCCUGCCAUCGGUCCUGCCUCAUCGCCAUGGGGAUGUUUGCUCCACCUCACAGCGACCCAUUUAGCGCCUACUACAGAUCGAAGUCCAGAGCUGGUACAGCAGAUGCUGCCGUGCCACCAUCAGACUCGCCGAUCCCACUUACGGCACAUCAUCCUACCCCUUCAUAUCAACCUCUCAAACCUAGAGAUUUGAUGGUAGAUAACCGACAGCGUAGUGCUGGGUGGCCGUCUUGGGGGCGCGCCGGCCCAACACUGCUUACAGUCUAUAAAGCUCAGAGUGCGGCCCUCUGCUGGAGGCCUCUUCAUCAUCAAUAUUCUGUGCCUCACCGUUCCCUCGAGCAACGGCGGGCGAGAAAAAUGAACCCGAACAUCUUCCCCCUCGUGCGUAAGCCAGUGGGUUACGGACCUCCUGUAUUGGAGCGGAGGUCUUAUGGCUAUGGAGGCCUUUACAACUUAGGCCACCGCCCUCAGGCGUGGACUAGCGACUAUGCUGCCGCUUCAGCAACCGCCAAAAGAAGAUGCGACCGCCAACGCCGUCAGUUCGGUCGCUCACAUCGUUGGGGAACUCCUUUCGGGGCGUAUCGUCAGAGAGCCGUCCCGCCUCCGCUUGGCUACCCGCGAACCUCUCGCUUUGGGCAUCGUUAUCCUUACCCGUAUGCAGUAUGGCCAUCACGACCUAUGGGCAUACCCUUCAUGCCAAUGUACCGCCCGACUCCUUGCUCACGCUACGCUUCCACCUUGCCCCGGGCCGGCAUUGCUCCCCUCCGUGGUUAUCCAACUCGACGAUACCGAUCCCCUCCGUUCCAUUCCUAUCCCAAACGGCACGCGUAUCCAACACCACCUGUAGACGACGAUGACGAUGUAUUUGCGGAUGAAGACGACGACUGGGGCGACUCGGAUGACGAGGAUGACCUGUAUGAUUCCAGCUGGGAUUAUGAUACGGCAGAAGACGACGACCUCUUCGAUGACCGCAAUACGAGCUAUCCAUUCAGCAGCUGCGACAGUUACUCUUUAAUGUAUAGCGACUAUGCAGAUGACGAUUGCUUUGGAACGAGAAAUCGGUGCUUCCAUGGACAUUAUGGUUACGAGCAUCCCCAUUAUCCAUAUUCGCGGCGGUGA